AUGAAGACGAUAAGUUUCUUUACCGGAUACAUUGCUUUACCAAAUGAACCUAUACCAAGUAAUAUGUUGCUGUACCGAGAAGUAGGGUUGGUUAGUUCUGACCUGAUCCCAGGACAUAUGAGUCCUAUUAAAUGGACCUGCAGUCCGGCUCCUGAAAUAAUUAUUAAAUACGAUCCUGGACUUUACCCCAAGGAUCUGGUUCCUGAACUAACCUUAUUUCUAAUUUGA